AUGUAUUGUAAUUUAAAUAUCAUUAUUUAUGGGAUUGAAAAUAAAUCAAUUUAGUGGGGAAAUAAAUUAAAGGUUUCAUAUGUAUAAGACCCAAAAUAUUUAGAUACAUCUCUGAAAAUCAUAAAUUCUUUUUUAGUCAAAAUUUUUAAGUCUAGUUUUGGUGUUUACAGAUUUUAUUAAUCAUCAUCUAAAACAACUAAUGCAAUUUGUUUAGUUGUUUUCAAAUCGAUCUUAUAAUUUUUAAUGAUACUACCCUUAAUUUUGGCAUAUUUUGGUUAAAUUUAUAGAAUUGAUCAGGAAUUUAAACUCAUAACAUAAAAAUCUAUUCAAACAAAUGCUACUCGUCAUAUUUAAAUUAUAUUUCAAAUAAAGAUAUUAUUUAAUUGA